GCAACUCCUGCGAUCAUAAAGUCAUUAUAUCUGAAAAAGUAUACAAAUAUUUACUUAUUGAGUUAUACUACGGCAUUGAGUGCUUUAAUAAGCCUAAAAUUGAGGUUAACAUAAAAAUGAAAUAGGAGUAAUAAAAUAACAGGAAUGACGUCAUCACGUCGUGGUUCAGUCAUUCGAGUCAGUGUUAUCAUAUAGUUAGACCGUAUUUGGCAUUUAAAACGCAGAUUUUUUUAAUUAAAUAUGCUGUAAACAAUACUAAGUUCAUCGAUCACGUGACAAGAUAAUCCGAAGCAAAUGGAACUAAAUGUCAUUCUAUUGGAAGCGUUCAGAAUAUAAGUCAUUUUAAACUCUUGUAUCAAUUGGUCAAGAAAACUUAUAAAGGUUCAACGUUUUCCGAAAUGGAUAACAUGGAUUGCUACUUGUCUACAAGAUAUUAGGAUGCUUAAAAAAUAAAAUAGAAACGAAAAUGAAAAUACGUUCGUCCCGACCAAAAUUCACCCAAGAAGAGAGGCCUCAACGUCCGAAGACUGUAUUACUUACUCCAGAAGAAGAAGAUGAACUGGCAGAUUACAUCACAGAAUUACAAAAAAUUGUAUUAAGGUUAACAAUAAACGACGUUAUGAUUUUAGCAAAUCAAGUAGCAGAGAAACAUAAUAAAAAACUUCUAUUUAGAAAUAAUGCCAUCAUGGCCGAACGGCUUUGGGUUUUAGAUCUAAUGAGACGACAUCCUAAAAUAAUUUUACGAAUACCGGAUAUAAAUUCAAAACCUGGAGGUUUCAAUAUGGCAGAAAUUGAUUAUUUUUAUAAACAUUUAAGUGAAGUUUACGAUGUAAAAAAAAUUCCACCAGACCGAAUCUAUACCACAGAUUAUGUUAAAAUUUUUCUCGGAGAAAGUACCACCUAUAUUAUAAAUCAAAUAGGGAAUAAGGAUAAUAAAGACGGAAUAAUAAUAAGGGCAAAAUUGUGUUUUAGCACAGAUGGCCAUUAUAUGCCACCAAUGAUGAUAUUUCCGCAAAAGCAUCGACCUGAUUUAACGAAUAACGAUGAUGCGUGGAGAAUCUUCAUGCCUAAUGGUUCCUUGACAAAUGAACUAUUCUUACAAUGGCUUCGAAGAUUUAUAUUUUUAAGCGGAGCUAAGAAAGAGCAGCAAGUACUUUUGCUUUUCGACGGCCAACCUAUGUAUACUAAGAGUAUUGAAAUAGUAAAAAUUACCAGAAAUAAUGGAGUUAACAUGAUUUCUUUUCCACCCUUUACUCAAAACAAACUACAACCAACAGAUGAUGUAUUUAUUAACGAAUUAUCUAAAGCAUACGAUAAAGUUGUGGAAACUUGGUUUCAAUUAAACCCAGGGAACAAGUUAACGACGGACCACGUUGUGAAAUUGUUUGACAAAAUAUUGUCUGAAGAAACAGCUGCAAUCGCCGCUAUUGAAGCAUUUAAAAGAUGUGGAAUUUAUCCUCUUAAUACGAAUUUGUUUACAGAAAACGAUUUUAUACCUGUAGUAACUAAACCCCAGAUUUAUAAAGAAAAAACUCCGCCGCCAACAAAUACAAAUCAAAACUUAUUUAGUUCAAGUAAAUACUAUUUCGAUUUAUACUACAAUCCUAGACCUGGAUGUUCAUUUUGGCCUGAUUAAAAUUGAAUUUAUAGUUACACAACGAAGCACAUUAUUUAUCUGAAUAAAAUUCAGAUUUAAAGAUAAUUUUCUUACACCUAAUUAUUUGCUAAUAGUUUCCUGGAACAGAAACAUUCCAAAGACUGAUUUAAUAAUUAAAUAGUAAUAUUUUUAUAGUGUUACUAAUCCCACCAACUUUGUACAUUAAACAUUAAAGCAAG